AUGGCGCAAAGAGCUGGACAGAAGCGUAAAGUCGUGGAAGUGCCGCGGCUAGAGAGCGAAAGUGAUGGAGAAGAGGAAGUCUUGGGCGAUGGAGAGCUAAAUGGCGCAUUCGACGAGGACAGCGAAGAUGACAGCGAGGACGAGUUUGACAGCGAAGAAGAGCUGGAUGAUGGUGAAGAAGAGGAGCUUGACAGCGACGAAAUACCGUCUUCGGAAGAUGAGGACGAUGUGCGACAACAACUGCGAAAUCUGAAGACAAGUGAGGACGCGGCACAGGAUGGCAAGGAGAAACCGAACUACCGUGUGGAAACUGAUGCAAAUGGCAACGAGCGAUACGUGUACGGCGAGAUCGAUCCAGUGUACGACUCAGACGACUCCGAUGCGCAAGCGACGACAAAUACCAUUGGCGAUAUCCCACUUUCAUACUACGAUGCUUACCCGCAUAUUGGAUAUGAUAUCAAUGGCAAGAAGAUCGCGAGACCUGCCAAGGGUGAAGCGCUCGACUCAUUGCUGGAUAGCAUUGAUAUACCGGAAGGCUGGACAGGCUUAACGGACCCGGCUACUGGCAAGCCUUUGCAGCUCAGCAAGGAGGAACUGCAGACUUUGAAGCAGCUCACACGGAACGAAACUCCUGGAGAUGGGUACGAUCCGUAUCCAGAUUACGUUGAAUGGUUCACUGGAAAGCACCGAGAAGAGAUAAUGCCAUUGUCUGCUGCGCCCGAACCAAAACGAAGAUUUGUCCCAUCGAUGCAUGAACACAAGCGCGUGAUGCAAAUGGUCAAGGCGAUCAAGGACGGCCGUAUCAAGCCGUUCAAGGAGCUUACGGACGAGGAGCGCGAGCGAGAGGAUGAGGAGAACUUUGCAACGUACGACAUAUGGUCUAACGAAGCUCCAAGGCCAGAUCACCCAAUGAAUGUGCCUGCACCGAAAUUGCCACCUCCAGGAUACGCAGAAAGCUACCACCCGCCUCCAGAGUAUCUUCCCGACAAGCAGGAACGAGAGGCUUGGGAGAAGGCAGAUCCGGAAGAUCGCGAUCGUGACUUUCUACCUCAAGAUCAUUCAGCGCUGCGUAAAGUUCCUGGAUAUGCUACACUUGUCAAGGAGAAAUUUGAACGCUGUCUGGACCUGUAUCUCGCGCCACGUGUACGGCGAAGCAAGCUUAAUAUCGACCCAGAAUCGCUUCUUCCUAAACUUCCUGACCCCUCUGAGCUCAAACCUUUCCCAACAAAUUGCACCAGGAAUUUUGUAGGGCACGAAGGCCGGGUUCGGACAGUGGCUGUUAGCCCAACAGGGAGCUACAUUGCGUCAGGUGGUGACGAUGGCACUCUGCGUAUUUGGCGUCCUGAAGAUAGCAGACAGGCACUCCGAAUCAGACUUUCCUCCUCAGAUCCUGUCAACGUGGUGGCUUGGAGGCCAGGUCAGAGUAGCUGCAUCUUAGCAGCAUGCUGCGGGGAUACAGUAUACCUGAUUGUGCCACGGAUCGAGGAAUUUCCCGAGGAGCAAAUUGAAGCAGCGACCGAAGUGCUCGACGCUGGAUUCGGUUACGCAGCUGCCAACACAGCUAAGACAGCAGAUGGCACCAGCAAGCCUACCACAGCAACCUGGGCACGACCUUCCAAGGCGCUCCAAGAAAAGGGGAUCAUGCUCACGUUGACACUCCGAUCUACCCCAAAAACUCUCGUUUGGCACCGGCGAGGCGAAUACUUCUCCACGGUCUGCCCCUCAACAUCGUCCACAUCCACAGCAGUAGCAAUCCACACGCUCAGCAAGCAUCAAACCCAACACCCAUUCCGUCGAGUCAAAGGCCUCGCGCAAACAGUCUGCUUCCACCCAUCUCGACCACUUUUCUUCGUCGCCACGCGCCAGAGAAUCCGAGUCUACGACCUUCAGCAACAGAAAAUGGAGAAGGAGCUCCAGCCCGGUGCUCGCUGGAUCUCAGAUAUCCAUCUCCAUCCUCUCGGCUCCAAUCUUCUCGUCUCGUCAUACGAUAAGCGACUUCUGUGGCACGAUCUCGAUCUUGGCAGCACGCCAUAUAAGACUUUACGCUACCACAGCAAAGCUGUUCGGAGCGUCAAAUUCCAUUCUAGCUAUCCUCUCUUUGCCGAUGCUUCGGAUGAUGGUACUUUGCAGAUCUUCCAUGGAAAGGUCACGGCGGACAGUAUGGAGAACGCUACGAUCGUGCCUUUGAAGGUUCUUAAGGGUCACAAAGUCAAGAGCGAUCUUGGGGUGUUGGCGCUUGAUUGGCAUCCUACCGAGCCGUGGAUUGUAAGUGGUGGUGCCGAUGGGACUGUUAAGCUGUGGGUAUAGAUGUGCAGAGGAGAGCAUGUGUAUAGUAGCACUCAAACCGCAUGCUGAGGCUCAAUCGUUAGGCCGUGGGACUGUAAGCUACCUAGGUAUGGCGCUGUGCCCUCUCCCUCUGCUGGAGUUUAACCGCAACUCUGCAAUCUCUCGAAGCCUGAAGCUUAGUCUCUCAGUCCUGUCGUUCCCAUUGCACGAGAUCGAGCUCUCUCAAGAAACGUCCUGUGCAUUCUGUUCUUCUGCGUGCAUCACAAGGCAAACGUCUCUUUUCGGCUUUGAUUCUCUACGAUGGCUCGGUGCCGAACGUCACUGUCUGGGCAGUUCACGCUCAUCGUAUUGCUCAGCUUUCGAUAAUGUCUCGGGCAAUGUCGGACUCCUUCUUCAGCCCGCUUUACGCAGCUUGCUCAGCGCGGCCAUCACACCAUCGCUUAGAGGAUCAUCGUCCUGUUUGCGCUUCUUUGGCUCUUGAGGAGGUGCUGUGUUGCUGCUCUGUGCUGUGCUCCUCUUGGCAGGGACUUGAGCAGCUGUCAGAGCAUCAGCCAAAGCUUCUUCUUCACCUCCAUGACCGUCAUUUGUGUGGACGUUUUCUGCGAUCUUGGCCGCUGGUCUUUGAUCUGCAUCCGAAUUCGAGGCUGCAGUAGCGGGUCUAAUCGCAUCAAACGUCUCUGCUGGCGAUGCAUUUUCUUCCCUGGUAACAUCUCUCGAAAUCGUUGGUGCUCUCGACCCAGGUUGACUUCCCACCAAGGCGGUCAUGUCAAGUCCUCGUUUGGCGGCACGUUUUAUUCUGAACGGCUCUCGCACGCUGUUGCACCACUGUUGCACCUUCUUCUCGCCCCAGCCAGCGAUCAU